AGAGUAGGUACAGAGUAGGAACAGUCAGACACAUACACUCACACAGACAGACGGUGAACAUGGGCCAGUUACUCAGCUGGAUCCGAGCUACUCGGGACAAUCAGGCCUUACAGGAUGUGGCCGUGGAACAACAGUCGCAGCCUAGACAGUACUCACCCACUUCAGUGGCACAGGUUGCUGUGAAUCCAGCACAAUUUGAGAGUGCAUCUGCCGCCUCCACCAUGGCUACAAAGCCAGGGGCGGUGUCCGUGACAAUGGGUGGUGCCACAGCAAGUGGUGCCACAGCGGGAGGAAGUCCUACUACAGCAGGGACAACACAAAGAGGAACGGCCAAAGUGGCGAUGCCAGAGACGGCACUCGUCUCUCCAGCAGGUGCUACUAUUAUUGACAUACCAACACCUGGGACCAAAGGCAGUCCUAAAGACACCCCAAAGCCGGCACCCAUGCACCCAGCCAAAGCUACACCUCCUACCACGGGAGGAGGCAAUAUUGUAGGGGAGGCGACAACUCCAUGGAAAGCUGAAGUACCAAAGCUUCAAGAGUCUCUGAAACAGACAGCCAAGAGUGUGCCCACCACAUCAAGCAAAGUUGACAUGGCUAAAAAGGAUCCUGCUCAGUUGGUUACGGCCGUUGCUGCACCAGCUGCCGCAGCUGGAAAUGCCUCUCUGAAGGGGCCACAGACUAAGGUACAGGUGGAAGUAGUUCCCCCAGGAGCUAUGGCAGCCAAAGAGGAGCUUGCUGUGGACCCGUUCGAUGCCCUGGCUGAUUCCUUACCCUCAUCAGAGUCUUUCGCCCCUGCAGCCCAUGUAUACACCGGGCCAGAGGUGAUAGAGCAUGGAUUGACCUCAAAGAAGGGCGUGAUAUGUGGGGGGAAAGACUGCCCACUGCCCCCAGGAUACCGAUUUGAAGACAUGGCCCCAGUUGCAGAUGUCAAGCCAAAAGAUGUCCCGAAACCCAUGAGCACAGAUGAGGCUCUGGACUCCCUGUCCUUUGGGUUCACAACCUCUAUGGCUCCCAUCCCUCAGAAACAGGAGAAGAAAGUGGAAGACUUGGGUGCCAUUGAUGCCUUGUCUGCUGGCUUCUCAAACUUUGCUCCACCUCCACCUGCUCCCAUCAAGAAAUCUGAAGAGUUUAAGUCUGCGCCUGUGACCAAGUCUCCUGCUCCCCCCGUUGACAAGAAAGCUAAGGUGGAAAAGUUUGCUGAUGACUUCUCUCUGAUGUCAGGAUUGGACUCCCCACUGGACACCAAGCCCAAGACAGAUGAGAGUGUGCCCACCACAUCAAGCAAAGUUGACAUGGCUAAAAAGGAUCCUGCUAAGUUGGUUACGGCCGUUGCUGCACCAGCUGCCGCAGCUGGAAAUGCCUCUCUGAAGGGGCCACAGACUAAGAAAGUUGAGGAUUUCGCUUCUGUUGAUGCCUUGUCUGCUGGCUUUUCCAACUUUGCUCCACCUCCACCCGCUCCCAUCAAGAAAUCUGAAGAGUUUAAGUCUGCGCCUGUGACCAAGUCUCCUGCUCCCCCCGUUGACAAGAAAGCUAAGGUGGAAAAGUUUGCUGAUGACUUCUCUCUGAUGUCAGGAUUGGACUCCCCACUGGACACCAAGCCCAAGACAGAUGAGAGUGUGCCCACCACAUCAAUCAAAGUUGACAUGGCUAAAAAGGAUCCUGCUAAGUUGGUUACGGCUGUUGCUGCACCAGCUGCCGCGGCUGGAGAUGCCUCUCUGAAGGGGCCACAGACUAAGGUACAGGUGGAAGUAGUUCCCCCAGGAGCUAUGGCAGCCAAAGAGCCGGCACCCAUGCACCCAGCCAAAGCUACACCUCCUACCACGGGAGGAGGCAAUAUUGUAGGGGAGGCGACAACUCCAUGGAAAGCUGAAGUACCAAAGCUUCAAGAGUCUCUGAAACAGACAGCCAAGAGUGUGCCCACCACAUCAAGCAAAGUUGACAUGGCUAAAAAGGAUCCUGCUCAGUUGGUUACGGCCGUUGCUGCACCAGCUGCCGCAGCUGGAAAUGCCUCUCUGAAGGGGCCACAGACUAAGGUACAGGUGGAAGUAGUUCCCCCAGGAGCUAUGGCAGCCAAAGAGGAGCUUGCUGUGGACCCGUUCGAUGCCCUGGCUGAUUCCUUACCCUCAUCAGAGUCUUUCGCCCCUGCAGCCCAUGUAUACACCGGGCCAGAGGUGAUAGAGCAUGGAUUGACCUCAAAGAAGGGAGUGAUAUGUGGGGGGAAAGACUGCCCACUGCCCCCAGGAUACCGAUUUGAAGACAUGGCCCCAGUUGCAGAUGUCAAGCCAAAAGAUGUCCCGAAACCCAUGAGCACAGAUGAGGCUCUGGACUCCCUGUCCUUUGGGUUCACAACCUCUAUGGCUCCCAUCCCUCAGAAACAGGAGAAGAAAGUGGAAGACUUGGGUGCCAUUGAUGCCUUGUCUGCUGGCUUCUCAAACUUUGCUCCACCUCCACCCACUCCCAUCAAGAAAUCUGAAGAGUUUAAGUCUGCGCCUGUGACCAAGUCUCCUGCUCCCCCCGUUGACAAGAAAGCUAAGGUGGAAAAGUUUGCUGAUGACUUCUCUCUGAUGUCAGGAUUGGACUCCCCACUGGACACCAAGCCCAAGACAGAUGAGAGUGUGCCCACCACAUCAAUCAAAGUUGACAUGGCUAAAAAGGAUCCUGCUAAGUUGGUUACGGCUGUUGCUGCACCAGCUGCCGCGGCUGGAGAUGCCUCUCUGAAGGGGCCACAGACUAAGGUACAGGUGGAAGUAGUUCCCCCAGGAGCUAUGGCAGCCAAAGAGCCGGCACCCAUGCACCCAGCCAAAGCUACACCUCCUACCACGGGAGGAGGCAAUAUUGUAGGGGAGGCGACAACUCCAUGGAAAGCUGAAGUACCAAAGCUUCAAGAGUCUCUGAAACAGACAGCCAAGAGUGUGCCCACCACAUCAAGCAAAGUUGACAUGGCUAAAAAGGAUCCUGCUCAGUUGGUUACGGCCGUUGCUGCACCAGCUGCCGCAGCUGGAAAUGCCUCUCUGAAGGGGCCACAGACUAAGGUACAGGUGGAAGUAGUUCCCCCAGGAGCUAUGGCAGCCAAAGAGGAGCUUGCUGUGGACCCGUUCGAUGCCCUGGCUGAUUCCUUACCCUCAUCAGAGUCUUUCGCCCCUGCAGCCCAUGUAUACACCGGGCCAGAGGUGAUAGAGCAUGGAUUGACCUCAAAGAAGGGAGUGAUAUGUGGGGGGAAAGACUGCCCACUGCCCCCAGGAUACCGAUUUGAAGACAUGGCCCCAGUUGCAGAUGUCAAGCCAAAAGAUGUCCCGAAACCCAUGAGCACAGAUGAGGCUCUGGACUCCCUGUCCUUUGGGUUCACAACCUCUAUGGCUCCCAUCCCUCAGAAACAGGAGAAGAAAGUGGAAGACUUGGGUGCCAUUGAUGCCUUGUCUGCUGGCUUCUCAAACUUUGCUCCACCUCCACCCACUCCCAUCAAGAAAUCUGAAGAGUUUAAGUCUGCGCCUGUGACCAAGUCUCCUGCUCCCCCCGUUGACAAGAAAGCUAAGGUGGAAAAGUUUGCUGAUGACUUCUCUCUGAUGUCAGGAUUGGACUCCCCACUGGACACCAAGCCCAAGACAGAUGAGGGUGGCUCCAUGUCCCUGGAUGCUCUCAGUGCUCUGGGAGACUCUCUGCCUGCUCUAGAACCAGCACCUGAACCUCCCAAGAUCAGACAUGAGGACAUAGUCACGGAGGGCAAACUCACAUCGAAGAAGGGAGUGUUUGUGGGUGAGCGAGAUGACACACUCCCACCAAAGUACAGGUUAACAGAAAACAAAGUCAAAGACCUGCCUCCUCUGAAGCCAGAGCCCUCCAUGGACUCUGGUGAGGCUCUGGAGAUCUUGUCAGGUGACUUCAUGUCUUCCUGUGUGGCUCCAGCUGUCCAGGCUCCUGUCCUCUGCCCCCCAGCUCCUCCCACACAGGCCUCAGAUGACUUUGCCUUGGAUGCUCUGGCAGGGGACUUUGUAGCCCCAGCUGUUGCUCCUGCAGUCAAAUCUGCUGUUGACCGCCAGCUAUCUAGAGGGACAGUAGAUGCUUUGGAUACCUUGUCAGACUCCCUGAUGGACAAGACUCCUAUCCCAGAGCCUGCUCCUGUCUCAGUCAGAGACAUCGUCAAGGAGAAAAAGAUUAUGGAGGAGAAGCUUACCAAAGUGGGGGAGAGGGAUUCCAGCCUUCCAGCUGAAUACCGGCCCACAGAGAAAGACCGAAAGGCAAUGGCAGAGGCCAAAGUCCAGGCUGAUGUUAGACCCAAGCAGCCAUCGAUGGAUGACAGUGAGGCCCUUGACCUCUUGUCUAGAGACUUGUCUUUCUCAGCUGGUCCAGCUGCAGCCUCAGUAGCCGUGACAACAGAGCAGAGACAGCCCAGACUGGAGCCCAUGUCUGCCCCUGUCCUGGAUGACCUGGCAGGCACCCUGCUCCCAGACACCCCCGAGUUCAAAUCCAAGGGAGACAAGCCAAAGAGCAAGAGCAAGUCAAGGUCAAAGUCAAAGAAACAAAGGGAGGAGGAUCCGUCAUCCAUAGACCACCUGUCUGGACAGCUGAGUUCAGACGUAGUGUCAGCAUCCACAAAUAAGGGUGGCAAGAGCUAGACAUCUAUGUUUCUAGCGCACUACAUGUCCCCUGCCACACGGUGGCGUCACUCGAGGGAGCUGCUAUGAAUGAUUCUAUUUUUCUAAAUGGUGGAGAACAUAUACUGGAUAAAAAACAAACAUGACCACACACUUACACACAUGCGCAUGUGCACACACACACACCACAGUGUGCAAUGACUUUCCUGCUUGCUUUCGCAAAUGACAGAAGAUUGUACUAGUUUUGGUUUCUUUCAUUUGAGAUGAGGAGAGCAAAAUAAAGAGAGAGCGAGCGAGGGAGUUUGUCCUGACUUAUUUCCCAGGAUUGACAGAGAAUCUGUCCAAUCCUGUAAGGAAAAUUAAAUCUGGGCUUUGCCCACAAGUGGCCUGACUGACUGUCCAUCCUAGCUAACUGUCUGCAUUGCCCCAACGUUGCAGUGACGUUGCUGCAGCGUUGGGGGUAAUAGUGAGUGUCAUGUGUUUAGGAACAGUAUAUAGGGGUUAUGUAGGUUUGGGAUGUCUGUCCAAUCUUGAUGUACACAGAAAAGUGAGUUUUCUCUUAAGUGGACACCCACCAUAAUACACUAGUGUACAGCAUAGUCUGCUCAAUAUUGAAACGUAUAAAAGGAUUUACAGGAAAUGAUCUGCUUGAUACGGAUGCAUCUGAGAGCAAUUCUAUAUAUUUGCUUUCUGUAAAGCAAUAUCUAUUAAGAAGGGUUUAUAUAUGUGUGUACUUUGCCUUAUAAAAGCAUUUAUUGGUUUCAACUUCUGUGUCCACCUUCUAACUUAGGCAGUCACUACGUCUGUAAACUGUCUUUGUUUGUAUACUGUAAAGACUUGCUCUAGAUAUGAGGACACUGUGUAAUUUACACAGUUUAAAGGGCUAUCACUUCUAGUCAAAAAGACCAAAGCUUUGUAGAUUAUUUCCCCAAGAUGGUAUCACAGAAUUCUACAUAUUUAGGUGCAGGUCUCAAACUUGAAACUUGAGAGAUAUUUUGGAAAUGUGAAUUCUAAUUAAAUAAAUACAAAUAUGUGAAUAAUAA